AUGUUUCGCUGCAGAGGGCUGGUGAUACGCUGUGCACACACGAGAGCCGUUGAUCCACAGAUUCUCACCCUACAAACACGAAAAUCAAGGACCGAUCGGGAUUCGAAGGAUGACGGCAAGUUUUUGUACAUAUUUUCUAAGGAAUGGGCUUCAGAAAAGCGUCGAGGCGGGCCGCGGCGAAUUCACUGGGGCCUCGGGGCCGUGGGGAUGAUGUCGAUUCCGUUGGCGACGCUCGGGCUCGGCAUCUGGCAGUCGAUGCGGCUGCGGUGGAAGCUGGAAUUAAUCGAGGACGUUCGAGGCCGUCUCGACGAGAAGGCGAUCGAUUUCCCGGUGAACGACCUCGGGAAAUUGUUGGAUAUGGAGUACAAACGCGUUCGGCUCGUCGGCGAAUUCUUGAACGAUCGCGAGUUCCUCAUCGCCCCGCGCGGCCGUUUCGAUAAAGGACAUGUGGCGAAAGACCACGGCUCGUUACUCUCCGAAAACGAGCUGAGCAGCCACGGCGGGCAUGUGAUCACGCCAGGCUGGGUACCCGCGUGUCUCAUGGACCACGCCACGAGAAGCCAUACUGACAUCCGCGGCGAGACGGCCAUCGAUGCCAUUGUCAGAAGAUCCGAGCCUCGCCCUCAGUUUAUGCAGGACAACCGGCCGGAGAAGGGCAUCUGGUUUUAUCGCGAUCAUGAGCAAAUGGCCAAACAUUACGGCACGGCCCCAAUCUACGUGGAGGCGACGUACGAGGGCUCGAUGCCCGGCGGGCCAAUUGGCGGCCAGACGAACGUCCGGCUCCGCAAUGACCAUUUCCAAUAUUUGUGUACGUGGUUUACUCUCUCGAUCAUCACCACAAUGAUGUGGAUCGCAAAGUUUUACCGG